AGGCACAACAGCAUCUGGAGCUCCAACAACAGGACCAGCACCUACAGGUAUAGUUACAGUAACACCACAAAGAUCAACCACAGCAUCUGCUCCAAGUACAAGAGGAACAGGUGCACCAGCCACUACAAUACCGGUAGUACAAACAACCGAAGAAGUAUGUCACAUGGACCUGGAUACUGUUGAUGAAUUGGAAACAACCAGAACUACUUCUGAUAAUAUUGCCAAUCCAGACAGUACAAAGAUUGACAGCGAAGACCCAUGGUAUCCGAAGAAUCUGGAUGAAGAACCAAAUCCUUAUGUGGAUAUUGAGUUUUCGAAACCAGUCAGAAUGACAGCUCUACAAAUACAAGGAGAUGGUCCCAAUACUGUCACAGAGCUCUCCAUCUUUUACAAAGAACCAAAUUCCGAGACCUUAACCAGAUGGAAUAAAUUGGUAACAAUUCCAGAUGAUGAUGAUAAUUCCAUACCAGCGAAGCUUGAACUUCCUAAAGACUUCCCAAUUGUUGAAGCCAUAAGAGUUGAAAUAGUGUCCUAUGAUGAUAAUGA